CUAUUUUGCUUUUUCUAUCUUGCUUUUUCUAUCUUGCUUUUUCUAUCUACCGUAUAAAUCAUCAAAGAUGAGUGAAACUUUAUCAAAACCAAGAAACGUUAACCAUACUCUGAAAAAAUUGUACGAUUGGAUGGAGAAAGGGUUAAUCGAUAUUAACCCAGAAUUUCAACGUGGUAUAUAAUAUUAUAAAUAAUUAAUUGACUCUUUCAAUUUUUUCACGCUAAUAUUAUAUUUUCUUUUUUUUUAGAUGUUGUAUGGAAUUCUACUAAACAAUGCCUUUUAAUUGAUUCGAUAUUCAAAAAUUAUUACAUUCCACCUAUUUUAUUCUCUUGUAAGAAACUAGAUGAAAAUAGAUGGUUACGUAUUUGUAUUGAUGGAAAACAAAGAUUGACUUCAAUUCAAAGGUAAUAAUAACCAACCAAUUCGUUAUGAUGGUUGCAAAUUAAUUUUCACAAUCUUUCAUUUAGAUUUAUGAACAACGAAAUUCCAUACUCCCGUAAAAUUGAGGGAAGAAUGAAAAAGAUCUACUAUAAGAAAGUUGGAGGUCAAUAUUUUCCAAAUACAUUGUCAAUUGGAGAAAAAGAUGAGUUUGAUAAUUUUGAGAUAGUUUGUAUUGAAUACUAUAAUCUGAAUAUUCAACGGGAACAGGAAAUCUUUAGUCGCGUGCAGCUUGGAAUGCCAUUGACGGUGGCAGAAAAAUUACAUGCGGUCACGUCCCCAAUUGCUGAAUUUGCUAAAAGUAUUCUUGAAAAAUAUCCAUCUAUAAACAAGAUUAUAGAUAGUAAACGUGCCAAACCAUUUCAACUGAUUGUACAAGCUCUUCACAUGAUUGAACUUAAUCCAACAAAGUAUAACGCGACUUCUGGUGUUAUUACCAAAUAUUUACAAGACGAACGUUCCGUACCUCGAGAACUUAAACAAGAAGCCGACCAAGUCUUUGCAUCAUUGGACAUUUUAAUUCAGGUUGAAGAAGAAAUCUUUACUAGAGACCAUCGAGUUUCUCCAAUCGAAUUUGUAUUUUUUUGCUAUAUUCUCGACAAAUUUUCUAAUUUGGAACUAGCUUGGUAUCAAGACACUCUUUUGCAAAUGAAAGAGUAUGUUAGGAAUCAUCAUGCUGAUAUUAGAUUCAAUCAGACGGUUUAUAAAACUCUCUGGAAUUUUGUUGACGACGUUGAAAAUAAUUUGGCUGAUAAUGACGGCCAUAAAUCAAAGAAAAACAGAAAAAAAUAAUAAUAAGUCGAAGUGAAUUUUCAUUUUAAGAACCAGACUUAAAGGAUACGUGACGCGGAAAUCAUAUAAAUUUUGGCAAAAUAUAGUUGCUUCUUUUUGUUCCCUUUAUUUUAUUUACUGCUUAUUUUGCUUGUUUUUAUUCUUGAUAAUUUUAUUACAUGUAGACGUAGUUUUUUUUCAUGUAGUAUAUAAAUAAAGAACAU